AUGGGGCCAAGUUUUUCGGAUGUUGACGAUAUUUUAGAAUCUGCGCCAACCUAUGAAGACCUAUCCGAUCUUGAAUAUGAAAGAAACUCCUUGGGAUCUAGGAAGAUUCACCAUAAAAUUAACCCCAAUGGAAGACAAGAUCAUCAUGCCAUUCCUGACGCAAGUCCUGGCCGACAUCAGGAUUAUAAGUCGGGUCAAUCUGGCGGAAAGGUAUCAGCAAACCUAGUGAAUGGACUUAUUGAUUGCCUGGACCCGGACUGUUGUGGAACAGACCACUGCGAGAAGUUGAUUCGUCUUCGAGGCAACCUCCAACAGGUUGUUGAAGAUGCUCUUCAAAGUUGUGCUCAUAGUACUGAGAUCAGUUCUCUCAUCUUGAGUACAAAGUUGCCACCUCCAGGCAGUUCAUUCUACGAUCAAUUGGAAUUCCUUCUGCUUCGUGAUCUCACUACCGAUAAGGUUGAUCCUCGCCCCAGAGUUUAG